AUGGCUUCUUUCUUCCAAAGUUUCUCCACAUGUUUCCUCCUAGUAUUCAUCUUCACUUCACUCCAUUUCUUAACAGGGAUUUCGGUUGAGUUCGACGUUGGUGGCAACACUGGCUGGGUAAUUCCUCCUUCGAAGAACGAUGAUCUGUACAAUGACUGGGCUUCCAAAAACAGAUUUAAAGUCAAUGACACCCUAAUUUUUACGUACAAGAAAGACUCUGUUAUGGAAGUGACCAAGGAGGAGUAUGAGAAAUGCCGAUCGCUGCAUCCUAUGUUCUUCUCCAACAAUGGCAACACAAUCUAUGCAUUGGACCGAUCGGGUCUGUUCUAUUUCAUCAGUGGGGUUUCAGGACACUGCGAGAGAGGCCUCAAGAUGAUAAUCAAGGUCUUGGAUGUAGAAAGCACCCCUCAGUCUGCAAAUCAGACGGCAAAUACAUCAUCUCCUGCAAAAAGUGCUGCGGCUACGUAUUUUGGAACUAGUAUGAUGAUGGUUAUUUUGGCAGUGUUAGGGGUGAUUAUUGUCGUUUAA